AUGACCAGCGACCAGCCGGACGCUGUCGAGCUCAAGACCGAGCCCGUUUCUGAUGUCGGACCCACUAUGGAGGAUGAAAAGACGCCCAACCAUGUCGUGGACGACUACCCCCACGGACUGAAACUUGCGCUCCUUAUAGUUGCCUUGUGCUUGUCGGUCUUUCUCGUUGCAUUGGUUAGUGCAAAUAUCAGCUUAGUUGGAUUCGAGGGCCGCUCAUUAUUCCUUCUACCCAGGACAUCACCAUUAUUGGUAAGCUCGUAUAAGCAUCGGCAAGCAGUGCCUGAAGCACGCAACGAAGCCACAGCGAUACCUCAUAUAACCCAUCAAUUCGAGUCGCUGAACGAUGUGGGAUGGGUGUGUCUCGCGUCGUUAUUUGUCUUCUUUCAGCGUCACUUACUGAUUUUCAGUAUGGGAGCGCGUAAGUCGAGUCAAUCCAUCUCAAAGGAUCACCCUCAACCCAUUAUUAGCUAUCUUCUGGCUAUGGCCUCCACGCAACUCCUCUUCGGCAAAUUUUACUCUUUUCUUUCCAUCAAAUGGGUCUACAUAACCGCGGUAACCUUGUUUGAGAUCGGUUCCGCCGUAUGUGGAGCGGCCAAUAGCUCAAACAUGCUCAUUGGUGGACGCGCGAUCGCUGGAUUAGGCUGCGCGGGGAUCUUUAGCGGCGGAAUGAUCAUUCUCGCCCAUGCUGUACCUCUCGCAAAACGCCCUCUCUAUACCGGCAUUGUGGGCAUGAUGUUCGGUAUUGCCUCUGUCGCGGGACCUCUGAUGGGUGGAGCAUUCACAGACAAGGUUACUUGGCGGUGGUGUUUUUACAUUAAUCUCCCUGUUGGCGUCGUCACUCUCUUUGUUAUGAUUUUCCUCUUCAAGAUGCCUGCAAGCGCCGCACGCAAGCCUCAACAAAUGUUUCUCCUCGAUCGUAUCAAUCAGUUCGACCCUGUUGGCACCAUCAUCUUUAUACCCUGCAUCAUCUCCCUUCUGCUCGCAUUACAGUGGGGCGGCACAAAAUAUGCCUGGAACAACGGACGAAUAAUUGGUCUUUUUGUCGUCUUCGGGGUUCUUGCCAUCGCAUUCAUCGCCGUCCAAAUCUAUACCCAGGAGAAUGCGACCGUGCCCCCGCGCAUUUUCAAGGUCAGAAGUAUCUGGUCUGGCGCGCUGUUUGCCUUAUGCCUGGGCGGCGGCUAUUUUAUCAUCAUCUUCUACCUCCCUAUUUGGUUCCAGGCAAUCAAGGGUGUCUCUGCCGUACGGUCGGGCAUCGACAACAUUCCCAUGAUCCUCUCGGUCGUUGUGGGCAGCGUUCUCGCUGGAGGCCUGGUCACAGUCUUCGGAAUAUACUCCAUCUUCUUCGUCCUCUCAUCGGUGCUCAUGACCAUCGGCGCUGGGCUCAUAUCAAGCUUCACCACCCACACCGGGACCUCCCGCUGGAUAGGCUACCAAGUCAUAUUCGGCCUCGGUGUCGGUCUCGGGCUGCAACAACCGAUAAUUGCCGCCCAAACGGUCCUCCCACUUGCAGACGUUCCAGUCGGCACGACAAUAGUGAUGUUCGCCCAGACCAUUGGCGGGGCGCUGUUCAUCUCCGCGGGCCAGAACGUGUUCAACAACAAACUCGUCGCCGGGAUCCUCCGCGAGGCGCCGGGCGUGUCGCUGCAGAGCAUCGUCCAGGCGGGGGCCACGAAUCUCGCGGGGACGAUAAGCCCGGCGAGUCUUCCCGCUGUGCUUCACGCGUACAACGACGCGCUCGUGGCAGCGUUCCGCAUCUCGAUUGCCAUGUCCGCGAUCACGCUGUUAGGCGCGGUGGUCCAUGUGGUUGAGUGGAAGAGCGUGAAAGGGAAGGCGGGAGAGUCACUUGUGGUGUAG